AUGGGGGCCAACCACAGAGGGGUGGUUCCUUUGAGAGGCGGUGCUAAUCUCUUCCUACCCCUUUUAAGGGGUGGUGAAGUCAGAGCAUGCCAGGGACUUGUUCCAGAGUGCUGGCUUCACCUGGAGAAAGGAGGAAGUGAUUCUGAGCCAGGUGAGAUGACAAAUCUCCAGGUUUCUGUGGGAGAAAGGGGCAAAACAGAGUAGCUAAUAUAUUGAACCUGGGUUCCUAGUUAACACCCCAAAAUCCAACAUUGCCUGAUUCACUCCAAACCUGAGCCACUGGUUUACAAUCAUUUUGCAACAUUUUGCAACCCCCCAAUACCCAUACAAAGUAACUGAUAUAUCAAACUGGGCUUCCUAUUUUGUGUAUUAACCUAUUUUGUGUAUCAACCACACAAAAUUCAACAUUGGGCCCAUCCAUACUUCUGCUUGUGCCGUGCCUAGAAAGUACAGGUCCUAACGGCUUUCUAGGCAAGGGUCUGAGCAGUUUCCUCCUUGCCCCACUCCUUCCCAAGGGAAAACCUGCUUUUUAGAAGUAGAUCUGAACCAAUGGCAAUCCGGGGGAAACAUGAGAGCGGUUUUCCAGGGGGGGUGGGAAGUAACAGGACAAGAGGAAGUGUGGAUAAGCCCAUUGUCUUAGCCAAAAUUUUGUAAUUUGUUUUGCAGCACAAACCCCCACGUUUGGCAGCGCCCAAAAUUGUGUGGCUGACUUGCCCAGUGGGUGGGCCUUACUGGUCACCCCAAAUUCAACAUUGCCUUAAUUCACUCCAAAGUUUGCCGCUGUAUCUGUUACUCAGUUUUGUGGGCGAUGCAAAACACAGGGAUUCUACUGCAAAAUGAUUUGUAGUGAGUUGGAUAAUGCUAGGUUUUCGGGUGUUAACUAUGAAGCUGGUUUAAUGCAUCAGUUACUCAUACAUGUGUGGGGUUCAGAGACAAUGAAAAGUGUGAGGUUGGUGCUGCAAAAUGAUCACAAAACUUUGGCAUAGCUCUGUUGGGGGUCCCAUAUUUCUGGGUUCGAAGAUAUUUCUUCGAAUCCUAUUUUGCUGUGAAAAUUCAUUUUGGGGGGCACUGAUUUGUUCUGAGUCACUUUGCAUAUUUAUUUAAAAAGGGGAGAUACGAAAACUGGUAGGAUAGGGUUGUAUCCAACACUAGUCCUUGUCAGAGUAGGUUAAUUGAUUGCAAUGACAUACACUUUAAUUGUCCCGAUUUUCCCAGGACAUCCCUGAAUUACAGAAGCCAGUUCAGCUUCUGAUGCCCUGUUUCUCCCUCCAGCACCACCACUGCUGAGCUCAGAGAGGAGAAUGUCCCUCUCUUGCAUGAGUCAGCUGGCUGCCACAAGAACGUGGCACCAAAAGCCAUGCAUCCUGAUUUUCAAGAGAGGAAGGUUGGAGGGAAUGUAAUGAAUGAACAUGACUCAGCUAAGCUCAUUAAUCUCAAAGGCUCUUCUUUGAGUAAAACUUGGGUGCAUUGGAUACAACCUAUAACAGGGGCAAAGGAGAAAUUUGUGAACCAGACCUGGACUUAUACGCAGAUUGGAGCACAGCUAUUAGCUAGAUUAAACACAUAAUGUGUACUUUAUGGCAAAGUAUAUACAGUUUAGAUGUGAGCUAUUGGUGCUUUUUCUUACCUACGAAAAACAGGACAAGAUUGAUCUAUAUCUGAAUGCAUGUGAAAUGGUCAUGGAAUGGAAAUAGGAUGAGCCAUAGAUCUCAGAUAGAUUGGUUAAUAGAUAUCCUCUAUACCAAAGACUUUAGUGAGAGCCAGUGUGGUGUAGUGGUUAAGAGCGGUAGUCUCCUAAUCUGGUGUACCGGGUUUGCGUCUCCGCUCCUCCACAUGCAGCUGCUGGGUGACCUUGGGCCAGUCACACUUCUCUGAAGUCUCUCAGCCCCACUCACCUCACAGAGUGUUUGUUGUGGGGGAGGAAAGGAAAGGAGAAUGUUAGCCGCUUUGAGACUCCUUCAGGUAGUGAUAAAGCAGGAUAUCAAAUCCAAACUCCUCCUCCUCUUCUUCUUCUUCUUCUUCUUCUUCUUCUUCUUCUUCUUCAGUCCAGCAAAACUUGGAAAUGACCAUAUUUCAGGAGUAGGGAAGCUAUGACGCUCCAAAUGUGGCUGAUCUACAACUCCAAUCAUUCCUGACCGUUCACCAUGUUGGCUUGGGAUCUGGACUCCAGCAAUAUCUGGAGUGCUACCAGUUCCCCAUUGCUGGUCUACUAGCAUUAUUUAGUAAUUUUAUUCCUUCUGAGAACCUCAGAAAUGAGGCGGGAAGGGGACAACUCCCCCCACCUCCUUCUGCCCCCAGGAACCUGAGUUAAACAGUUUCGCCUGUGUUUUUCUUUAUUCCUUGGUAUGCUUGUUUCCUGGCUCCUUAGCAAGACUUCAAACCUGUGCUAUGUAUUACACAGGCAGAAAACAGCAAUUUGACACUUACAUUGGUAGAAUAAAGGGAUUGUUAUCUCUUGUGGUUUACCUGGGCAAAUUGAUGGAUUGUGAACAGUGACCAUGAUCUAAAGCAAAGUUACGAGAAUGUCUCUCACACACUUGAAGGUUUAGAUUUUCUGCUUUGAAUGUUGAGUUGGACAAAAGUGUCUACUCUGUGGUUCAAAAAUGCAUGAAAAAUCUUAUCAAUAAGAUGUGGCCAUCGGCACUAGGAUAAAUAGGUUAUAAUAAGAACAUUGCCUCCACAUUUUGAUUUUCAACUUUCUUUAUAGCUAUCCCAUUGACUUUUUUUGUUUUGUUUAAAGGAAGUUAAAAGUCUGGGCCUCCUGCUGUGUGGGAGGAUGCAAGUGAUGAUGAACUAUAAAUUGCUCAAAGUUCUACCCCAAAAUAAACUUAAUUCAUCUUUAGUUCACUCAGCAACCCUGAAAACUACUUUCAGGUCUAACUCAGAGAUAUUUGAAGGAGUUCAGUGAACUACAUUAUGCUAUCCGUCUGCUCAUUAUCCACAAAUUCACUUAUCCAAACACAAAGAAUUGUACCCAAACCUGGAAUGUCCUGCUUUUCCUUAGGAUAUCCUUAUUUUCAUCAGAGAAAUGUUGAAGGGUAUGGUAGGAUGUUCUAUUUUCACUGGAGAGAUGUUGGAGGGUAUGAACCCGAGCCGAGGAGAUAAGUAACUAUAACCUUUAUAAGACAUCUGUAGGUAGCCCUGUAUAUAUGUCGGAAGCCACCCAGAGUGACUGGGAGAAAACAGUCAAAUGGGCUAGGUAUAAACAUUAUUAGUAGUGGUAGUAGUAAUAAUAGUAGUAGUAUUGCAUAUGACAUCCCCAUUUUCAUUGGAGAAAUGUUGGAAGGUAUGAAUCUGCUGUAGGCCUCUCAGGACAUGUGCAACUUUACAGAAAAAACUAAUCAUAGCCUGCAACUGAUGUGGAAUAAUGUGAAUGUCUCCUUUCCCCAGGUUCAUCAUCCCUAUUGUGCUCCUCAGUCACGGAUCUGACCGUUCUCACAAUGCAUAUCCUACAGAUCAGCGCCGUGGUUUGUGCUUUCAUCAGCCUUCUGCUGCUCCUCAUUGCCCUGGGCUCAGACUACUGGCUGGCAAAUGGCUUGAACCACACUGGCCUCUGGAAAUAUUGUGUUAAUACUGAGGCAAUUAAUUUUUGCGGUUCACUUGGGAUGAAUGUGGGAGGUAAGCUUUUUGUCUUCUGCUCGGAGUACUAGUGGUGUGAUAUUCAACCGUAACUUGGGGGGAGGGACUGACAGUUCCUCAACUCCCUGAAAAUCCAGUGUGACUAGAGAUAACACAUUUACCAUGUCCUUUUUUUGGGGGGGGGGGUUAAAAUAUUAAGUGCUGGGACUCAUAUUUUGAUAAAGGUGCUCUGGGUGCCAGCACAAAAUGGCUGCUGAGGGCAGCAAAUUUUUUUUAAGGUGAUGGUAGUUCAUUGCCCUGUGUUCAGACUACUGGGUGGUCACCAACAAUUACACCUUGGGCCUCUGGAAUACGUGCAUACCUAAUUGCCAACUUUUGAGGAUGGUUGCGUCACGUAAGAUGUUCUCUGUCUUCUCCUAGGAGUACUUAGGUUUUCAAAAGCAGACUGAACUGAUCUUCAUUUCUAAGGCAUGCAGCAGUAUGUGGGGCCCUUGAUCAUUCUUCAACUCCCUGAAAGUCCGAUGUGACUAGGAUAACAUAUUUACUCUGUUUGGGGGUGGUUUUUUUUUUAAUUAAAAAAUUAGGUGCUGGGAAUCAUAUUUUGAUAACGGUGUCAUGCGGUCCAGCAAAACAUGGCUGCUGUGGGAAGUAAAGAAAUAAGUGACAGUAAUCUGCAGCAGCGAGUCGCAUUGCUGCCUUUACUAUGGUACAAUCAGUGCUUUUUUUCUUUAAAAAAAUGCUUAGGGGUGCUCUCAUUUUGACUCAAGAAAAUCACCAUUUAUAGUUCAAAUUGGGAAAAAUAAAUACAGUAAAUGGACAAAAGUACAAAGAUUCACAAAAUAUUUAGGGGUAUGCAUACCCCUGCGUACACCCAGAAAAAAAGCACUGGGUACAAUAUAUGUAGGGCUGGACUGAGAGGUUUUGGCACUUGAGGCAAAACAGAAAAUGCUGCUUGUUCCGUAGCUUCCUGCUUGUGGUAGCUGACACCUGCAAGUACACCAGCACUGCAGCGUCACGCCUGAAACAUCACCAAUGACAGGAUGCCUUCACUGCAAUGGGGAGGGUUAUGGGGAGACUUGGCGCAGUCGCAAUGAGCUUCUGGCCAUGUUUGGAGUGUAAACAAGGAGCUGGUGAGGGCGUGAGGAUGCAAGUUCCCACAUCUCCUUUGGAACACAGCUGUUUCUCUGCCAGGAAGUGUUUUCCUUCCCUGACUUAGAGUAUGAAAUCUGUGGCGAAUACUGCCCAAGGGGUUGCCCGGGAUUCAGCCAAAAGACACUGCACUGCUCCUUCAAGUCAAAAAUUCCUUCCUUGCACAGAAGGGAUGCACAUGGAUCCGUCAAAUGAACCACUGCAGUGCUUGAAAUGUCAAGUACGUGAGCCAGCAACUCCUGCAUCUGCCAGGAGGGCUGGAGCUGUGAGAGACAACAGCAGCCACCCAGUGAGGACAUACUGACGAUGCAGCUGCAGGCUGGCAUUUCUUGGAACGCUGGAGAACAGGGGUUAGGGGAGACUCUGAGCUGUUUUGAUGAUUGCACCGCUGCCUUUUUAAAAUAGUGUUUUGAACUUAUUGUAACCUGCCUCAAGAACUUUGGUUAGUAGGUGGGGUAGGGAUAUUCCUAAAUUAAAAAAAUAAUCAUGGUGCUGAGUAAUAGGGGGUUUGGGCUGGGUGUUCAUUAGUAAGCAGAUGACACCCAGCUCUACCUCUUCUUUAAAUCAGAACCAGUGAAGGCGGUGAAGGUCCUGUGUGAAUGCCUGGAGGCGGUUGGAGGAUGGAUGGCGGCCAACAGAUUGAGGCUGAAUCCUGACAAGACAGAAGUACUGUUUUGGGGGGACAGGGGGCGGGCAGGUGUGGGGGAUUCCCUGGUCCUGAAUGGGGUAACUGUGCCCCUAAAGGACCAGGUGCGCAGCCUGGGAGUCAUUUUGGACUCACAGCUGUCCAUGGAGGCGCAGGUUAAUUCUGUGUCCAGGGCGGCUGUCUACCAGUUCCACCUGGUACGCAGGCUGAGACCCUACCUGCCCGCACACUGUCUUGCCAGAGUGGUGCAUGCUCUAAUUAUCUCCUGCUUGGACUACUGCAAUGCGCUCUACGUGGGGCUACCUUUGAAGGUGACCCAGAAACUGCAAUUAAUCCAGAAUGCGGCAGCUAGACUGGUGACUGGGAGUGGCCGCCGGGACCACAUAACACCGGUCCUGAGAGAUCUGCAUUGGCUCCCAGUACGUUUCCGAGCACAAUUCAAAGUGUUGGUGCUGACCUUUAAAGCCCUAAACGGCCUCGGUCCUGUAUACCUGAAGGAGCGUCUCCACCCCCAUUGUUCAGCCCGGACACUGAGAUCCACCGCCGAGGGCCUUCUGGUGGUUCCCUCAUUGCAAGAAGUGAGGUUACAGGGAACCAGACAGAGGGUCUUCUCGGUAGUGGUGCCCGCCCUGUGGAGUAAAUAAGAAGUAUCUUAUCUUUAAAAGACAUUUGAAGGCAGCCCUGUUUAGGGAAGUUUUUAAUAUUUAAUGCUGUAUUGUUUUUAACAUUCGAUUGGAAGCUGCCCAGAGUGGCUGGGGAAACUCAGCCAGAUGGGCGGGGUAUAAAUAAUAAAUUAUUAUUAUUAUUAUUGGAGCCUGAUCCAUUAGGGCAAAUGGGGCACUGCCAACCCCCACCUGCCAGGGGUUGGCUCUGCCCCACGUGGCUUCUGGCAUUGCCUACUGUUGGUCUCCCUGGCUGUUACGGGCAUUUAACCCCCUUCUUCCUUUCUCUUCCUCCCUUCAAAGUGUCGUCCAUGCCAUCCGAGCGUUCAUGUUCUUUGGGAUGAUCGCUGGAGCUGUCUCUUGCAUUAUUCUUUGUGGAACAUUUUUUAGCUUGCAAUUUGGCUCCAUCUCCAAGGCCAAGACCGCAGCCAUAGCCAGCAUUGUUGCAGGUAUUAUGGGGGGUCAUAAGCAUCUGCUUCCAGUCAGUUCAAGUCCCUCAAGCCCCUGAACACAAAGCUGUAGACUGUGCCAAGCUGAAAUGUCCAUGCAAAAUGCUGUUGCUUGAAUCCAGUUUGGCUUCCUCUCCCGGGCCAGGACCUCAGCCAUAGCCAGCCUUGUUGCAGGUAUCCUUGGGGUCAUAUGCAUCUGAUUCCAUUUCCAUCAAUGCAAAGGAGAAGAGCCAGUUCAUAAAACCCUUCAUGAUCCUCCCCCUUCUUAUUUGCACUUCCAAUAUUAUGAUGCAAAGGAGAAGAAGAGGAUCACAAAUGAUCUUCAAAGCCUCCCUAGAAGUGGCUCUUUUCCAACUGCAAUGUUGGAGAUGGAAAAGACCUGUAUAGAGCAGCUUCAAAAGCAUCACUGCAAAGAGAAGUGGAGUUCACCCAACAAAAACUACGUCCCCCUUCUUCGGCAAGGCAUGCUCCUAAAACCUUCCUUUUUCUACCUUUGCCUCCACCGCCUGGCAGCUUGGCUGGCAGGAGGAGCAAGGCAAGGCAGAAAGGUGGCCAGCAGAGCUGGGCUGCUGCUCAGAAAUGGCUGCAACAUGUUGUGGCAGUCCCUCGCUUGAGCCACCCAUUCACCGUUGCUCAUCACACUUUAUUUCACAUCACCACCUGUCUGUGUUUGAGUGAUGACACACUUACUUUUUAUUAUAUGUAACUGAUACGUAUAUAAAAAAGUUAAACAAUUUAAUAUGAAAAUGAUGUGAAAAAUAACAACCAUAAAUACGAAAAACUGUUUAGAACAGCAUCACAUAAUGCACAAUCAAUUCAAAUCCAGGACAGGUACUAGCUGGGAUAAAGACUUUAGCAGGUUUGUCGAAUGCAGUACAUCUUUAGCAUGCACCAGAGAGACAAUAAUGGAGGUGCCUGUCUGAUAUAUAAUGAGAGGGAGUGCCAAAGUGUAGGUGCCACUACAUCAAAGGCCCGAUUUUGAGAUCACGUGGAGCGGACCUCCUCAUAGCCUGGGACCUGCAGGAUGCCAUCUCUUGCAGCGCACAGUGGUCAGCUUGGGAUGUAAGGGGUGAGAUGAUGUUUUAGGCACACUGGUCCAUAGCUAUAUAGGGCUUUGUACACUAAUUUUGAACCUUGCACAGCGGCGGAUUGGCAACCAGUGCAUUUCUUUCAGCAGCAGUAUAUAUGUUGGUCAUAUUCUACCCCAGUGAGUAGUUGAUCCUCUCCAUUUUGCACUAGUUGCAGCUUCCAGCUCAGCAUCAAGGAUUUAAUUUACAAGUAACUUGAUAUCCUGAUGUAUUUUUUAUUCCUAGCUGGUUGCGUCCUGAUUGCCAUGGCCACCUUCACAGGGCAGACAGGAGGAAAUGGCUUUUAUGGAUGGUCUUUUGGCUUGGGCUGGGCCUCCUUUCCUCUCUUCCUUAUUACUGGUGAGUAUGUGUCAAAUGGGAAAUGCUGAAAAUACACAUCUUUAUUAAAAAGUUUGCCCUCAUGUAGCAUUGUCAGCUGCAUUAUUCAAGUCUGGGGCUGCUCUACAGUGUUUCCAUUUGAACACAGAUGAAAGCAGGUGUGUGUGAGAGCAUCCUUACCUGCCCAAUGACAUUGUGGGUUGGUAUAUACCAAGAGCGCUUCUUUCUUCAAUUAUUUGAGGCAUGGGCAGGGAAGCAAAAAUAUGGAUACCCUAAUUAGGUGAAAGGUUUUAUGACACCACACCCACCCUUGUGGGUAGGAUGCCAGGAUCUAGAAUUAAUUUAGAUUGAAAGCAGCAUGUUGAGGAUGAGCACAAAUGAUUGUGGGUUAAGAAAAAUGAUUUUUGUGUGUGCUCCCUAUGGGGUUAGUAUAUACAUAGGUGUUAAAUAGCAUGAAGGAUAAGGACCCCCCGUAUCUAAGGGGGUCCAAAAUCAAUCCCUGUGGAGUAGAACAGUUAUCUCAUAGGACCGCAUCCUGCAUCUCCCUUAACAGCAAUGAAAGGACCUAUUGCAAAUCAGCACCCUCUCUUCCCCACUAUGCCAGAAGGACUCCAUAAUGCCUGACUUGCAUGACCAGGCUCUGCACUCCCCCCAACUCUCCGGACAUGGCACAGCUUGAAUGGGAUCAAACCAGGCCACACCUUUAUUGACAUCAGAGGCAAGAGGUUUGGCGUAGGCGUAGGUCAACCAUUUACUUCCAACCCGCCUGCCGGAAGUGACACCAAGGGUCAACACAGCAGCAGGGGUUCCUCUGGCUUACGUCAAAUAGGGGGACUCCCAUGGGGGUCACCACCUUGAGGAGUGCUGAGGUCCAAGCCUCCGCCUGGGCAUACAGCCAGAAGCAACUCCUCCUGGACCCCUUUAACGGGAUACCCUACAUCUGGGGAGGGGUAGACCAAGACUGCAACCUUUCCCCUGCCCAACCAAGACUGAGGAACAUCCAAUACCUAGACCAGGGGUUGGCAAGGUUUAACUCGCUUGGGCCGGUUCAUUCCAGUGGAGAUCCAUCUGUGGGCCAGAUUAGGUGUGUGUAUGAGUGCGUGCGGCCGCUAUUUCAGGUGGUUUUCAGCAUCUGAGCCUGUGCAGACACAAUUUUGGGCACCAGGGAAGCGAGUCCUUGCGCCGUGCUGUGCCAGUUUUGCACAGUGUGCGGGGACUCACCGAGUGGGCAGCUCAGUUUGGGGGUGGCUCAUGGGCCAUUUAAAUGAACUGCUUGUGGCCCAUGGCCUUAGGUUGCCUACCCCUGGCCUAGACCACUAAAGUUGUGAUGAUUGCUAUGAGGUAGGAAAAAACCAACAGGAGUCUUUUCUUAUCAUGAGGUGGCCAAAGUAUUGGAGCCUCAACUUCAGAAUCUGUCUUUCCAGUGAGCACUCAGGGCUGAUUUCCUUCAGAAUGGAUAGGUUUGAUCUUCUUGCAGUCCAUGGGACUCUCAAGAGUCUCCUCCAGCACCAUAAUUCAAAAGCAUCAAUUCUUCGGCGAUCAGCCUUCUUUAUGGUCCAACUCUCACUUCCAUACAUCACUACUGGGAAAACCAUGGCUUUAACUAUACAGACCUUUCCUUAAAGAAUAGACCUCUUUAUGGUCCAGCUCUCACUUCCAUAUAUCACUACUGGGAAAACCAUAGCUUUAACUAUAUGGACCUUUGUUGGCAAGGUGAUGUCUCUGAUUUUUAAGAUGCAGACUAGGUUUGUCAUUGCUUUUCUCCCAAGAAGCAGACGUCUUUUAAUUUCGUGACUGCUGUCACCAUCUGCAGUGAUCAUGGAGCCCAAGAAAGUAAAAUCUAUCACUGCCUCCAUUUUAUCCCCUUCUGUUUGCCAGGAGGUGAUGGGACCAGUGGCCAUGAUCUUCAUUUUUUGAUGUGCCCAUGGAGGACAUUGAUAGAAGCCUCUUGUUUUAAAAAUCAGCACAUAUACAUCAAAAUAUGUAUUUUAGUAAUGCAUAUGUUGACCUAAGAUACAUGUUUAUAUUUGCAUGUUGUGGAUACACACUAGUUCUUGUUACGUUUUAUUUUAAAAUAGAUAAUUUACAGUGUGAUGUGAAAAUGGGUUGGAACAGGUUUAUGCAUUAAUGACAAGGAUGGGAGAUAGGCUUAUCCAUCCACUCCUAGAAGCUUCCAUUUCUGCCCAUGACUAGUCCCUUGGAGAAGUCUCAAAAUGCGCAGUCAGUGUGUUUCUGUGAAAGGGAAUAUAUUUUGGUCCAUGAGAACAGCAGGUCUUGGAGGAUGAGCAAGAGAGGUAAUGCUGGGGUCAGAGCCCCAGAUAUCUUGGGUGGUGUUUUGUUCUGCUCCCCUGUUGCCCUAAUCAGCCCCUUUUCUCUCCUGACAGGUGGGCUGGCUUUCCCCUUGGAUACUGGUGGGUCAGCAUGAGCAUGAAGAAAAGGCUGUGCUUCCACUUCAGAUGACACCUGGAGCCAAGUUGAUACAGUGGGGCACAGAGACGCAGCCUGCACUGGGGCAGGUUCGAGCUGAAGGAAAAGGAAUGUACUUUAGUGAGAAGAAACAGAAACAAGGUCUCUUUGUAAUAAAUUGGAAUCAUUUUCCUGAAUACUGUAGAACAGGACUACCCAGUGAGGUGCCUCCAAACUUUUGUGGACUACGAUUUCCAUUCCUGACCAAUGACCCUGUAGCUGAGGCUGAUGGGAGUUGAAGUCCAACAUCAUCUGGAGAGCAGCAGAGUGCCUAGCCCGGCAUGAGAAGCAAAUCAUUCCAUUGUUAGAACCAAAGACUAAGGUACUUUCAAGGAUGUAUAACUUGCUGUUGGAAUGGAAUACACAAGAUGAAAUGGUUAAAUCGGCUAUGAUAAGGUGGGCACAGGACAUUGGGUAUAAUAUUAUGUUUGAGGACUGGGAAAAGUUGUGGAGUAAUGGAUUGAAAUUUACUGCAUGUAACGCUCUGAAAGAAAAUGUAAUGAAAAUGAUUUAUAGAUGGUAUAUGACCCCAGUUAAACUUGCAAAAAUUUACCACCUGUCUGAUAAUAAGUGUUGGAAAUGUAAAGAGUGUGAGGGAACGUUCUUCCACCUCUGGUGGACCUGCCCUAAAGUGAAGGCGUUCUGGGAAAUGAUUUAUAAUGAAUUGAAAAAGGUAUUUAAAUAUACCUUUACCAAGAAACCAGAGGCUUUCCUUCUGGGUAUUGUCAGCCAAGGGGUGGCAAAGAAGGACCAGACAUUUUUUAUGUAUGCAACAACAGCAGCAAGGAUACUUCUGCAAAACCAAAUCAUUCCUUCCCCAAACACAGACUUUAAUUUUAAUUUUAAUUUUUUUUUUAAAAAAAAUGAGGUUAAAGAAUAUCUACAGUUUAGUAUCUGCCCAACAUAUGAUGAUCUAAAAAUUAAGAAUAAUUAUGAAUGAUAUUAUUCCUUCAAUAGCUGGGUGAAAGUCAAGGAAUGAGUAAACCAAGCUUUUUCAGUGCAUCCAGCAGAAAAGAAUGGUCUAUGGAUUAAAUUAUGUGCUUUGAGUUCUUGCCUUCAUAUUCUGUUAUUUUCAUGAGGAUGUGGGUUUGCUGAGGAAGGAAGUCUUUCUCAGCGAGGCUCUACCUGGCUCAAAUGAGUAAGGAUGCCGGCUCAAAACAAACUUUACAAAUCUUUAGUGGGUGACAAUAAGAAGCAAAAAGACCAAGCUAAAAUCAUAAAGCAUUUUUUACUGAUUGUAAGAGAAGGGGUUAUGUGGUUGUCGAUAGGCUUGCUAUGCUCCUUUGGGAGAAAGGACAGGAUAUAAAUUGAAUAGGUAAUUGCAUAAAAACGUACAAAUGCAUAAAAAGGGUACAAAGUGACGUGAGCUAUAAACUGGACAAACUCCCCUCCAGCUGAACCGAACUGAAGAUUGGACAAACGAGAAACAGAAAUACACCGAAAUUUGUCGCUUCACCCAUCCCUCAUGGAAUGGUUGCUUGGCCAGUGUCGGGGCGGGGGACACGACGACUUGCCAGUGAAGGGCCGCAUAGGCCAAUCCUACACAGGCAGGAAAGGGCUCAGAACUGUCAGAAUCGGGGGUCUAAUGGCCAGAUGGCUUGGCCCCAGCUAGAGCAUCUCCCCUCAGCCUUGCUGCUAUGGAGAUCCAUCAACCUCUGCUUCGAUGUGUAUCAGUGACUCAAGCUUGCAGGCUUGAGCACACUUUCCUCAGCAGUGCAAACUGUGCAACAGAAGAGGCUUGAGGCUGUAGACACAUGCUAAACUACACAUUUAUUAUACAUAAAUCAGGACAAAGAAAACAUGGCAUCUCUUCUUGCUGUCUUCUCAGAGAGAGACUGAAUAGUAAUACAGAGCAGAAGUUCUGCUCACGCCAGCAGUCUGUGCUGGAAUGUAAACAGACAUGUGACACACAGCAGUCCCAUGUCUGCAGAAAAGGGUGGAAUGGAAUUCCCAACAAGAACAGCCCUGCUUGGCUCCAGUAGCCGGGGCUGAGCUGGCGCAUGGGCUUUGCAAACCCUCCUCACCCUGUGCACAUGCCAAGCGACAUUGGUGGUGAGGGCUGGUGUUCUGUUGACCUUCCACGCUGCGCCGCGCCUCCGCCCAUCAUGCACACAUAUGUGUGCACGCUGUCUUUGAAUGGAUAAUCAAACAAGAAUGGAUGCAAAAUAAAGUGAGCUACAAAUGGCAUAAGCUCCAGUACAUCCUCUAACAAAACACAACUCCUAGGGUAUAAGUCCAACUUCGCCAGAGAGUGGAUUGGGAUUGGGACAGCCAAGUUAGCCCUAGGGGUGGGGAUUUGAUUCAGUCUGCAUUUGAAUCACACUUUCUGUAACAAUAAGCAAACCAAAACAUCUUUCAAAAUUCACACUUAUCUCUUUACAAAGGACUUAUGUAUAGACUGGUGGAUUUUCCAUAUGAGAAUUGGUGCCUUAUGGGAGAUUGGGAUGGGGUGAUCUCCCCAACACAGGAUAAGACUUCAGAGAAGUUAACCUUUGUUGCUCUGCCCACUUUUUGCCUUGCUGUUGGCCAAUGGCUUCUUGAUCAUUUCUGGAACACAGUGGCAAUCCAGGUGAGUUGCACCAUUUCCUCUUGCCUAAUGCUGAAGGCCUGUUGCAAGUUGUUUGUGUGUUGUAACCUCUGAAGACAGAGCAAAGGAGAAGCAGAGAGAAGGACUGAGCUGUGAACUGGAGGCUUUUGGUGUGCAGGAACAUCUCUCCGGAGCUCUCACGUGGGGUAAGCAAAUAUGUUGCCUGGAAGAGGGGCUUAUACUGGUUGCCUUCACCUAUGCUUUGCCUACUCUUGUUAGGAAAUGCCAUCAGUGAUCUCUCCUCUAGAAGGGAGGAAGGCUCAGAAAAGGCCAGUGGAUAGUUAAUGGUCUGAAGGAGCAGCAGCAGGACCAGGAAGCUCAGCAAUCCUAGCAAAGGUGUGGGCCAAAGGGUAUAGUGUAUGUGCAUCAUUCUAAUCUCUGACGGAACCAGUAUCCAGAAAGAGCCUACCACCCCACAGUUCAGCAGUUCAGAAGUCAAAAGAAAGCACAAUGAUGCAGAGGGUCAGGGAAAAGAGAUGAGGACCAUCCACAGAGAGGUGGUACCCUUUGAUCAGAGGUGGGUAUACUGCCCACCCCUGGUGAGUGGGUUGCAGAGUAAAAGCAUGCCAGGGGCUUGUUCCAGGGUUCCUUUCACCUAGCGAAAGGAGGUGGAGAUUCUGAGCCUUGUGAGACAAUAGCCUCUUGAUUUCUCUAGGAGAAAGGAAUAUUUUUCAGUAGCUGAAUGCUGGCGGACUUUGGUACUUCGCAUAACUGGAGCCGAUGAAAUAGACUAAAAGCAAUUGUUUUGAACCAGACUUUUGCAGUAAAAUAGUUUUUUAAAAAAUAAAUAAAUAAAAACUAUCAACUUCUGAGACGUUUUAUGGUGUUUUUAAUAUUCUGUUGGGAGCCACCCAGAUGGGCAGAGUAGAAAUAAUAAAUUAUUAUUAUUAUUACUGUCAUACCUCGGGUUAAAGUAGCUUCAGGUUGAGCGUUUUCAGGUUGUGUUCCGUGGCGACCCGGAAGUAACGGAACGGGUUACUUCCAGGUUUCGCCGCUCGUGCAUGUGCAAAUGCUCAAAAUGACGUCACGCGCAUGUGCAGAAGUGGCGAAUUGUGACCCACGCAUGUGCAGACGCGGGUUGCAUUCUGCUCAGGAUGCGAACGGGGCUCCGGAACGGAUCCCAUUCUCAUCCAGAGGUACCACUGUAUUAUUAUUAUUAUUAUUAUUAUUAUUAUUAUUAUUAUUGCUUUUUCUGGGGGGAUGCAGGGGUAAGUAUACCCCUAAACAUGUUGUGAAUCUAAGUUUGACCUCAUUGAAGGGCAGUAUUUAGAUAUGAGUAGGAAAAUGACAGUACCCCUAAACAUUUUUUUAGAAAAAAGCACUGAUUAUUAGUAACCUGAAAUGGAGAAGUAUUAAUUGCCUAUCAUAGUCUGCACACCUGAGGACAUCUUCAUGACAGUACAAUGUGCUGUAGGCCUCUCGGCACAUAUACGAAUUUUAAACCCAAACACAGACUGCAAUUUAUGUGGAAUAAUGCGCAUGUCUCCCUUCCCCAGGUUCGUCAUCUGAGCAGUCACAAGACCUGACCAUUGUCACAAUGCUGGCCCUACAGAUCGGCACCAUGAUUUGCAGUUUCAUCAGUCUUCUGCUCUUCCUCAUUGCCCUGGGAUCAGACCACUGGGUAGCAGAUAGCAAUAGAACCAUUGGCCUCUGGAGAUUUUGUGUUUAUUAUGGAGUCAAUUCUGGUUGUAGGUCACUUGGGACGGAUGUGAAUAGUAAGAUUUUUGUCUUCUGCUAAGAGUCCUAGUGGUGUGGUCUUCAGCACUAACUUGAGUGCAGUGGGUUCCAGCACAAAAUGGCUGCUAUGGGCAGCAUAAAAAUGGUGAUGGUACUCCAUAUCACUGAUUCCCAUCUGAUCUCCAAAAAUCACGGACUUUACUGUGGUAUAAUAUAUGCAACAGGUGAUCCAUCACGACACCACUUUUGUUUGCUGAGGAGUCCCCACUGGCACUAACAAUAGGGGGCCCUGGACACCUGGGUGCUUGGCACGCACACUGUGGGGCCUCCAAUACGACUUCUGGAGCUUUGCGAGGCCCCAAAAAGUGCAUUGGAGGCCUCACAGGGCCUCAGAAAUUGCAUUCGAAGCCUUUCAGGGCCUCUGAUGUGACUUCCAGUUUCUCAAGGAAGUCAGGUCAGAGGCCUUGCUGGUUGCGUUCAAGGCCUCAGACGUGACUUCCAGGACUCCCAGGUAAUUGCCGCAGCAUGCGCAACAUAACAUGACAUCAUGACAUCACAUUACAUCACGGUGUGCCACUGGGCACUCAUAAUCUGGGGCCCAAGUUGGCGCCCCUGGGAGUCCCUGUCCAUCACUAUCAACCACAACCUUUCUGCAUGCUGCAAAGGAUCCUGGGAUGACUGCACACUUAAUUCGCAGGCUUGCUUUGUCCCACUGCCGCUUCAUGUGACACGUGUGUGUGUGUGUGUGUGUGUGUGUGUGUGUGUACUGCAGAGGGAGAUUGGCAGUUUGGGACUAGUUUUUUGUGGUUUUUUAAUGGAUGUUGUCCCACUGUGACUAGCUUCACACUGAGGAACAUCUGAUAAGCUUGUAACAAUACCCAGGACUCCACAAAUUGCAUCUUAGUGGCACCUGAACCAGCAGGAGGAGGAACAGUAGUCUGGUCAACUGCAAAGCAGCUAAAACUUCCAUUACCAUCUUCCUGCUUUGCUACUGCUCCGUGAUGAAAGGAGAAGAGAGACGCUGGACCAUCCUGCAGGACACUGGGCCCACCUACCACUGAUUUGCAACAGCUGGCCUUGAGACUUCUGGGUGGGGUGGAGAGGUUAACUGAGGGGAAAUGUUGGUUCAGUGGCAAUGACUUUAGGACUAGGCAGAGGUGGAGGUUUUGUUUAUCUGCUAAUAGGUGGGUCAGAACAUUGCUGUGUAUGUGCCCCCAAUGCAAUUUAUGUUACAUGAAAUAUUAAGGUAUUAUAUGCUCUCUCUCUCUCCCCCUCCCUUUUCACUCUAUGGUAUUAUGUAUUACUUUUCUUCCUUUUUUCGCUGUAAGUCACUUGGAGACCAUCAGGUGAAAAAGUGACUGAUAAGUCUAAUAAAUGAAAUGAAAACAAAAUGUUACCUCAGCUACCUCUCCUGAUGGCAUCUCUCAGCAUCUUAAUAGAGAUGUUAAACAGCAUUGGGGGGAGAGGGCAGAAUGAACACCUGAGGAACGUGGCAGGUGUUGCAACAGCUCAAUAACCAUCGUGCUGGGUAAUAAGAGGCUGGUCUCUCAGGGACGCGGGUGGUGCUGUGGGUUAAACCACAGAGCCUAGGACUUGCCAAUCAGAAGGUCGGCGGUUCGAAUCCCCGCGACGGGGUGAGCUCCCGUUGCUCGGUCCCAGCUCCUGCCAACCUAGCAGUUUGAAAGCAUGUCAAAGUGCAAGUAGAUAAAUAGGUACUGCUCUGGCGGGAAGGUAAACGGCAUUUCUGUGUGCUGCUCUGGUUUGCCAGAAGCGGCUCAGUCAUGCUGGCCACAUGACCCGGAAGUGGUACACCGGCUCCCUCGGCCAAUAAAAUGAGAUGAGCGCCGUAACCCCAGAGUCGGUCACGACUGGACCUAAUGGUCAGGGGCCCCUUUACCUUUACCUUUUACUCUCAGGGCAAAUGGGGCAUUGCCCCACCAACCUCAUUCUGUUCUCAGCCAGCCCCCACCUGCCAGCCUCCUAACUUAUAAUGAGACACUUACUGUUGGACUUCCUGCUACCACCCCCACCACCGGUACUCAGAAGCAUCAGCCACCAAUGUUAACAGCCCCACUUUGCUCCAUUCAGGUACUGACCCCCACAGGUAGGAUUAGGAACACCAUCACAAAGUAGUGCCCCACUAUGCCAUAGAAUCAUAGCAUCAUAGAAUCAUAGAAUCAUAGAGUUGGAAGAGACCACAAGGGCCAUCAAGUCCAACCCCCUGCCAAGCAGGAAACACCAUCAGAGCACUCCUGACAUAUGGUUGUCAAGCCUCUGCUUAAAGACCUCCAAAGAAGGAGACUCCACCACACUCCUUGGCAGCAAAUUCCACUGUCAAACAGCUCUUACUGUUAGGAAGUUCUUCCUAAUGUUUAGGUGGAAUCUUCUUUCUUGUCUAAAUUAAUGUUAUUAAAUUAAUGUUCUUUCAUGUCUAAAUUAAUGUUAUUUAUUUAAGUUGGGGAUUCUCUUGAAAAAUACAGAUUAAUUCUGAAAUGGAACAGCAUACUUGCAAAACGGAUGUGGAACAGAUAAGGACUGAUCUAUCCAUCCCAGGCAUGAGGUAUUACACAGGAUGUCUGCAAUGCAAUUAAUUGUCCAAUCCCAUGGAUGCAUUUAACCUCUUUCUUUCUUUCUUUCUUUCUUUCUUUCUUUCUUUCUUUCUUGCUUGCUUGCUUGCUUGCUUGCUUUCUUGCUUGCUUGCUUGCUUGCUUUCUUGCUUUCUCCCUCCCUCCCUCCCAACCUCCCGUCCAGAUUUUGUCCAUAGUACCAGAGUCUUCAUGCUGCUUGGGAUGACUGCUGGAGCCAUCUCUUGCCUUGGUCUUUGUGGCAAAUAUUUUGACUUCCAGUUUGGCUUCAUCUCCAGGGCCAAGACCUCAGCUAUAGCCAGCAUUCUUGCAGGUAUUAUGGGGGGGUCAUAAGCAUCUGUUUCUGGCUACCAGAGUAGUUCUUCCAGCCACUGCAUUUCACUAGCUGCAGCUUCCAGGUCUGCUUCCAGAAUUUAAUUUACAAGUAACUUUAUAUCCUAACGUAUUUUUUUCUUCCUAGCUGUUUGUGUCCUGAUUGCCAUGGCCAGUUACACAGGGCAUGUGGGAUCACUGGCCAGUUACGGAUGGUCUUUUGGCUUGGGCUGGGCCUCCUUUCCUCUCUUCCUUAUAACUGGUGAGUAUAUGUCAACUGGGAAAUGCUGAAUACGUGUGUCUUUACCUUCGCAUGGAGUUGCCAGCUGCAUUCUUUCAUUAGCAAACAGUUUGGGGCUGAUCUACAUGUUUAGCAUCAUCAUGUACUUGUGUCCCUGGCAGCGUGCCACUUUGGCUGCAGGUGGAGGUUCACAUAUUGGACAGUUUCUGAAUGUGACAUGCCAUACUCACAAUUCUACUCUCAGCAAAAGAGGAAGAGGGCGGAAUGUGAACCAAUCCCCUGGGUGUGCUUCUUUUCUGAAAGCAUGGAUUACUUCUGUAUGUUUUGCAUUGAAAACCAUUCGGAAAUAUCUUUCUCCCUUCUUACCAACACUCUGAAGAAAUCAGGCUUUCCCAGAUUCAGCUCGAAGGGCAGGAAAAACAUCUAAAUCAAGUUUGACCUAAGUGUGUCGGCAGGACUUCCGGACUACAGAAAUACAUUUGUACCAAACUUCAGCAAUUUGGAAUUCACUGCCCUUAUUCCUUGCAAACUGCCCCAGAGGCUUUGGCUGAGUACAAAUGAUAUUAUAUUCUAGAAUGCAUGGAGGCAGAGUACUUGGUUUAUCCACAGGCAAUCUCGAUCUAUUCUUUUACUCCAAAGCACUUCUUGAUAAAUUGGUUUCAUUCCAAAACUAAAAGCUCAUUCCAGAUUGGUUUUGCAUUACCCCACAGUGCAUCUAUUUGAAAACCUAUGAAAAAAGAUGGAGGCAUGUCUUGGAAGAGGAGUCCCUUGUAGAAGUCUCAAAAUUAUUAUUAAUAAUAAUAAUAAUAAUAAUAAUAGUAACAAUAAUAAAAUUUGUAUGCUGCCUGUGGUGUUUGCCUCCUAGGAUGGGUCAAGGAAAGGGUUAAAAUGGAUGUGAUGUGAUUGGCCAGUGAGAAUGCAAGGGGGGAGUAAAAGAUAGAGUGGGAGGUUUUGAAAAGCAGUUGAGGUUUGGGAGUUGGGAGUUGAGGUUUGUCAGUUGGGAGUUGAGGCUUGGGUGUUGGAGAAGGAAGAGGGUGGAUUAGGAGUGGGUUGGUAGAGUUGUAUUGUGAGAGAGUGAGAGGAAUUGUUAGGUGGAGUCAGAUAGAUAGUUGGGAAUAAUUCAGUUUGAAGUUGUUAGGAACUAAGAUUUAAGAAACUGUCAAGAGAAAUAAACGGAAACUAUAUGCUUGUUCCUGCAUUUAAAAAUAAACUUGAUUAUUUGUUUAUGUUAACAACUGUCUGGACUCCGUGUGUCCCCAUGAGAAGCGGGGUGGUGGCAGCGAAGAACGCUAAUGCAGUGGUGGCACAGGGUCAAUAGACCGUGAAAUGUCUGGUGGCCCUGUGUGAUCGCCACACUGUCCUAUACCUGCGGGUCUCAGGGUGCUUCACAAUAUAAAAUCACAAUAUAAAAACACAGAAUACAUAAUCAAAAUGAGAACUAAAACAACCCAAUAUCUCCCCUCCCCGCAACACAUUAAAAAGGGGUAUUGGAUGUCAUUCCAAAAUGCACAAUGUAGUUCUGUGGAACAGAAAACAUCUGUGCCUGUUAGAAUGGCAGGGCUUUGACGAUCCAGGCAUGAUCCCACUGAUGUGCAAGGGAGGUAAUGCUGGGGUCAGUGAUUUGGCUAUUUCAGAUAGUGUUUUAUUCUCCUCGACCUAUUGCCCUUACUAGCUCCCUUUCUCUCCUGACAGGUGGGCUGGCUUUUCGCCUGAAUACUGUGCCAGGGAUCAGGUUUGAUGGCGUUUCUAAGGCACAGAAUCUACAGACGUUUCUAGUGUGCUUAUAUAAUUAA